AUGGCCAACAACCCAGGCAAAGUUGGCCGAGAAGGAGCCGCAUCCGAGACACUCAACGAGCAGGCCGAUAUCUGGGUCGACAAACCGGUCGACAAGGAUUGGUUGAACGCACCAACCGAUCCAUUGGACGAAGACCUCUACUCUCCACAACUGGUUGAAUUAAGUAAAAAAUUGGAGAGAUUCUUGCUGGACGAUCUUGUGCCCUUUACUCCACCGCGUGCUCCAUUAUCGUGGCGUCUCAUUCUUGAGCACGUUAUAAUUACCAAGAUUUACAAGAUCAAGAUCAGGAAACGGAAAGAGAAGAAGAUUUUUGAGGCUAUGGUCAGGGAGACGCUCGGGCUAGACAAGGGAGAUACUUCUGUCGACAAUACCGCGUACACAAAUGGUGUCGGGAAACUCGUCGAGAUGACGAUACAAUUUGCCCUCGAUGUCAAGCUGGAGAUGCAAAGACUUUCUCAAUCGCUCGCCGCUGGCAGUAGCCUGCCGGCUGAUAUGGUAGUUGUCAACUCCGCAGCAAAUGCCACAGAUGGUGCCGGUGCCACAGCCGGGUUCGGGACACGGAUUGAUGCCGCGGAACAAGGAGACGAAGACUCGCAGCCUCGGUGCGGCCCGGGCCGAUGA